AUGUCGAAGAGAAUGAAGUUACCACCACUGGGGUGUAUUAUACUCACAGCCAUUGUAGGUGUAUUCUUUCUAUACGACUUCUUUCGUGUUCCAUAUGAUCCUAAAUCUCCAAUAUGUUCUGUAGACAAGUUUUACGUUCCUGUUCUUGACAAAUCUUUGUAUAGUGAUGAAAACGCUGAUGCAGCCACCGUCGAUACAACUAUAUCAUUUGAUCUCAAGCUCGAGAACGGAAAUAGUCGGCGCACCGGUGUUAAAUAUGGUAUUCUUAACAUCAGUCUUUAUUACAUCCAGAAACGGGAUGACAUCGGGCGUGAUCAACAGAUAACCAUCGGAAACGUAUCUAUUCGGGGAUUUCACCAAAAAGGCACUAAAGCAGUUCAUCGUCUUGAGACGGUUCAGACUUUUGGUGUUCCUUGGAAGGAAGCCAAGAUGGCAGUUACUAAUGGGAGUAAUACUAUGUUUAUGGUCGAUUUAGCUUCAAUUGUCAGGUUAGAGAUACCCUAUUUCGAUUCUGAUGGCUAUUCUACUAAAACGAUAAUCGAAAGACGGAUAUUGAAUUUGGGUGUAAAUGUUAGUGUGAAUGAUCAAGGAAUGAAAACAUUACCUGGGAGUUUGAGGCUCAUCUCUAUUUCAGCAUCAUCACCAUAUCAAAGCCAUGUAGCAUUUUAG